AAUAUCGUUGAAAUAAUGGCACACAAACACUAUUUUUGGAUGUGUGCAUUUGAAAAUUCUAGAAAUCCCAAGAAAUAAAGUAUUCGGUCUUCAUCUCUAGAUUUUAGGACAGAUCACAGACGUUUGCUUCGUUGUCAAUUCUUCAUUCGUUCUUGUGUCAAAUUCAUUCACGGAUUUGCUGCAUCAGUCCAGAAAGUGCAGUGACCUCAAUGAUGACCUAAUUCUAACACUCUGCCGAUUCAUUUCAUGUUUUCCGAUCGCAGAUCUCAAUCAACAAGGAUGUUUAAGAUUAUUAAGGGGAAGAAGAAGGGUUUGAAACAAGAAGCUAUAGAACCACCACCGGGACCUAAUGUUUCGUCUGAUGUGACUGUAAACCAUGCGUCUCGUGCAGCUGUUGUCAGUGAGCAACAGCCUAGUAGCGCCAGGUCACAGGCUGUCACCAUAUCGUCGGCUCCAUCACAACCUGGGGUGGUUGAGGUAUUACCUAUGUUGAAAGAUGUCCCCAUGGCGGAACGGCAUGUUUUGUUUCUGAAAAAGGUGCACAUCUGUUCGUAUAUGUUUGAUUUAUCGGCUCCGUUGAAGAAUGUCACGGAGAAAGAGAUUAAACGGCAGAACCUUAUGGAGCUUAUUGAUUUGGUUCAGUCAGGUUCGAGUAAGAUGAAUGAAAUCAUGCAGGACGAGAUGGUUAAAAUGAUAUCUUUGAACAUAUUUCGUUGUUUGCCGCCUCAGUCGCACGAAAAUUCAGGAACUGAAAAUCUUGAUCCGGAAGAAGAUGAUAUGUAUUUGGAUCCCUCCUGGCCACAUUUACAACUUGUUUACGAAUUGCUUUUGAAAUACGUGGUAUCAUCCGACACUGAUACUAAAGUGGCCAAAAGAUACAUUAAUCAUUCAUUCGUGUUAAACUUGCUCGACCUAUUCGAUACAGAAGAUCCACGGGAGCGUGAGUAUUUGAAGACCAUACUACAUCGUGUAUAUGGUAAAUUCAUGGUUCAUCGUCCCUUUAUACGGAAGGCGAUAAAUAAUAUCUUUUAUAGAUUUAUAUUUGAAACCGAAAGGCACCCUGGUAUCAGUGAAUUGUUGGAGAUUCUUGGAAGUAUAAUAAACGGUUUUGCAAUACCAAUGAAGGAAGAACAUAAGUUGUUUCUUUCGCGGGCUCUUAUACCACUUCACAAACCCAAGUCCAUUAAUUUAUAUCAUCAACAGUUGUCUUACUGCAUAACGCAGUUUGUUGAAAAGGAUUAUAAGUUGGCUGAUAUUGUUAUUAAAGGGUUAUUGAAGUACUGGCCUGUUACAAAUUGUGCUAAAGAAAUCCUUUUUCUUGGAGAAUUAGAAGAAGUGUUGGAUGCUACUCAACCUGCGGAGUUCCAACGAUGCAUGGUUCCUCUUUUUAGAAGGAUUGGAUGCUGCAUAAAUAGCCCUCAUUUCCAGGUUGCCGAACGUGCGCUGUUUUUAUGGAACAAUGAACGAGUCGUGAGCUUAAUCGCACUUAACAGACCUGUCAUUUUACCAAUAAUAUUUGAAUCAUUAGAAAGAAACGUACAAGGUCACUGGAAUCAAACAAUCAAUGAAUUAACCGCAAAUGUCAGAAGAAUGUUCAUGGAAAUGGACCCUGAGCUCUUUGAAGAUUGCCAGACUCAAUAUAUGGAUAAAGAAGCCACACUCAACGAAAAGUCAAAGCAACGUGAGUUGACCUGGAAAAAACUCGAGUCAAUCGCCUCACCACCUGAAUGAAAUCAAACGCUUUGCUUGUUGUAAUGAAUUAAAGCAGCAUUGGAUGCAAAAACAACUUUGUCCUUCAUUUCCUUCUGUUGAUUUAGCGACUUUUUUUCCCUUUGCGGUUUUGGAAAGGUAAUCUGUACCAUCUGGUGCUAUAGUUACGGAUUCGGUUAUUAUUUGUAGUAAAUUAUCGGUACAGAUGAUAAGUGAAAGAUGUCCCCAUGUUAAACAUUACAGGGGUGAUAUCAGUCUUCUAUGGUCAAAUUAACCAUUUUGGCCAUGUUUCUUGUCAAUACAAACUUGCCUGUGAAUCCAGUGUUCUUGCUGUGUGCAAAAUAUUGGUUUUUUGCUUUUAUUUUUCUUAUUAUAAUAAGGUUUUAUUAGUUA